AUGGAUUCCGCUGAGGUACCUGAUCCUGGGGACCUUGCAGCCUUGCUCACCGAGCAAGCACGUCAGCUACACCAGCUUCGAGCCCUGCUCCUGCAACUCCAGUCAGCUCAGCAGCAAUCGCCACCACAGCCUGCUGUCGCUUCCCGCUCUUGUUUCCGCCUGUCCUUGCCGGACAAGUAUGAUGGAGACUCCAAGCUGUGCCGUGGGUUCCUGACACAAUGCUUCUUGCAUCUCGAGUUGAUGGCAGACCUGUUCCCCUCAGAAUGUGCCAAAGUGGUGUUCAUAGUCAGCCUACUCUCCGGGAGGGCUCUGGCCUGGGCUACGCCGCUAUGGGACCGCAACGAUCCUGCCACUGCCAAUGUCCACUCCUUCCUACGGGAAUUCCGGACUUUUUUGAGGAACCUGCCCGGGUUGCCUCUGCAGAGACUGCUUUAUUAA